AUGUUUUCACGUGUCUCCUUCCUUUCAGUCUUCGCGACCUUUGUCGCCCUCUCUGCCAGUCAACAAUGCUUCGGGCUUGAUGGCAGCAAACUCGACGACACCUUUGCGCCAUGCAACCCGACUGCAAAACAUAGUGGUUGUUGCGCCACCAAUCGACCUUCUAGUGCCGAACUCUGCCUGGAUACUGGUCUAUGCAUGUCAACAACCGGGCAGUCAACGGGCAUGAUAUGGCAGGCUGGGUGUACGGACGAGACCGGAAAGGCUGUUGAAUGUCCAAGAGUGUGUCCUGGUGUGUCCAAUAAUUUCGGUGGCCUGACCGCUAUAAAAGCGUGGAACAUCCAACAAUGCGACUCUGGAACAUACUGUUGUCGAGCACCCAAUGACAAAAGAAGCUGUUGCGAUAGCUCAUCCGCACCCAAAGUCACCAUAUCCUCGCUCGGCUCACUUCAAUUACCCGUCGCCACAGCAACUCCAGUACCCUCUUCAACAUCAUCACCAUCAUCAUCACCAAAGGACGUCGCCGCUACCGCAGUGUCUACCGGCUCAACAUUCUUAGCUACCUCCGCAGCUAGUCCUGACACAUGCACAAAGGAGAGGCAUCAAACCGCAGUCGUAGGAGGAACCAUUGGUGGUCUCUUCGGUACCAUUAUAGUUGCCCUCGCAUGCCUCGCGUUCUGGCUGCACAAGAGCGAGGCGGCGUCAAAGAAGACCUCAAGAACCAUUACGAAGAGCAAUUCGUCCAGACAGCAGCAUACCGGCGGACACUUGCGUCUACUAUCUCGCUGUUAGGAAGCAAUGAGUUGGAGGAAGUGAAGAGCAGGCCAACCACCAGCCCUUAAAAAAACCAUCGUACUUGUCGUACAUUUUUCUUUAUAUUGAAUUUCACUUUUCAUACUAGCCUCGUGGGUGUAUGGGGUUGCAGUGAUACCACUGGGUUGUCAUCUUUAGAUCUUUCUUUUGUUUUAACGCGAAUACCCUAUCGGCCGAUUUUUUGGAAGGACUAUUGGAGUGUGUUGGAGGCGUUUGGCUAGCGGGUGGCAUGGCAGUAAUAUUUCAAUUUCGGUAUUUUACAGAAGUCCGACGAGAAAAUAUAUAUUGGUGUGUUGA